CGUAAUUCUGGUGAAUCCAGAAAGGGAGGGGAAGGAGAGAGAGAGAGAGGGAGAGAAAAAGGAAGCUCUCCGAUAAGUUUUUGUGUAUAUUUCUCCAAAGUUACACAAACUUUCAUAAAGCGAAGGUGUUAUUGGAAGCUUGGGGGGAUCAUCAUGCUGAAGAGAGAAACCUGAAGGGAAGGACGGACAGCAGUUUGUCAGCAGUUGUGCACAGCUGAUGACAACAUCAAAUAUUAACACUUUUUAAGGCCUUGGGCCUCGAGUUACAAUACAGAGAUCCUGGCCAGAGACACGGAAGAUAAUGUCCUCUGACUUGGACUCUAGUCUCACCAGCAUUGACUGGCUGCCUCAGCUGGGAAUCAGCAGCCUGCGCUCGGGAAGAGAAAGAAGAGGAGUAGGAGGAGCAGGGGAGAGGGACAAGAAGAAAGACAGAGGGAGGGAGAGGGGAGACUUCCUACCCUCUGUGCCGGACCCCUCCCCUUCUAACUCUAAAGGGAAACCCCCCCACAGCUAUGCUACCCUCAUUGCCAUGGCAAUAGCAGCUGCACCUGAGAGGAAGUUGAGUUUGAAUGACAUUUACACCUGGAUCAGUGAAACUUUCCCCUACUACAGCCGAGCUGGUCGUGGAUGGAAAAACUCCAUUCGACAUAAUCUGUCCCUCAAUAAAUGCUUCAGGAAAGUUCCCCGGCCACAGAACGACCCCGGCAAGGGUUCCUAUUGGACGAUGGAUGGACCCGCAGAGGCGAAUCCAGUGAGGGCGCUUAAACGUCCCUAUCCAGAGGAGGAAGAGGAGAGACAGGAUAUGACCCGAGCAGAGAGAGGAGCCUCUCCUCAUCAACCACAACCAAACUCCCACACAGACCACCAGCUCCUUAAGGCAGAGUCACUGGGGAACAUCCACUCACCUCAGUCUGCCUCCCUCUCUCCUCCACCAUGCAAGCAACCAGCCCCUUUCAUACCAAGCCCAGUGUCCAAUCUCCCUGUCCCUCACCCAUCUGUCUCUCACUCCACUGGUCUCCCUCCUACUACCCCCAUGUCCUCCAUCAAUUCAUUCCCACCUCCCCUUCCUCCCAGCUCCACUUUUUCCAUCCCCACUCCCUCUGCUACACCUCUGUCUGCUGCCAGCAUGUGUACAGCUUCUCCAGUGGCUUCGUCUUUCUCUGAUGCUACCCUGUCCUUUCCUGCAAACUCAGGGCCUGUUUCUGUUUCCACUUUCUCCUGCACUCCUGUGUCCGGUUGCACCGCAUCAGGACUGAAUCACACUUCUGUGUCUGUUGUCCCUUCCUCUGUCGCCAUCCCACCUGUUCCUGUCGCCUCAUCCAACUUCUCCACUGAUCUCCCGCUCCGUUUCACCUUCGAUGAGCUGAAUUUGCCAGACUUGUACGCAUCGUUCAAGUCCCUUGUCAAGACCAUGCGUGAGCGUGGAGGCUCACAGUCGGAUGUUGCCCCCCUGCCAGUUCUGGGCAGUGACAUUACCCCACUUCACACUCCAACUCUGCUACCAUUGUCUCCUCACCCCCACCCUGCCCCUGCACCACCUGCCCCACCUCCAGCAGCUGCACACCCUCCUGAGACAGAGCGCGUUCCACAACACAUGGUGCCGCCUGACUGGUUCAGUAAUCCAGAUUCUCUGAAGGAGAGCUUCCGCAUUGCCAGCAGUCUAGACUGGGCAAACAUAGACCUCUCUGGUCACCCAGACCUGUUGGAGAGCAUGCGCCAGGCGGAGCUCUGCGACUGGGCCAUGGAUCCAGCCCUCUUCACUUCCCUCUGUGACUCUCUGAACCGCUUCUUCACUCAGAAAGGCAUGAUCACCUCUGGGAAUAACUCCCCACUAGCCCUCGGUGUACCUCACACCUUACAAGUCCCACCGUUCACCACCAAUCCUGCUCCUACUCUUGCCAGCCUCACUCAUCCCUCACCCCUACCCUACUCUCCCAUAGUUCCUCCUGCCAGUGGUGCACAGCCGCCCCGGAGGGCUCCACACAUGCAGGGACAAGGAGUUCAAAGACAGCAGCCAACACAACCUGCAAGCACGACUGCUGGGAUGCAGCCUCAGCCUAUGACACCACGACAGCGUCCUCCAUUAAAGAGUCUGCACAGCAACAGCGAGGAGAUCCAGGACGACUUUGACUGGGAUUCUCUCCUCGUUUGACCAUCGUCGUCUUGUGUGGAGAAACGAUUAAAAACUGAACUUUUCAGAGAGACGUGGCUCUUCACAGCCACCUUCAUCGAACUCUGUGCAGAAGCUGCCUCGCUCUUGUGCAUCUUCUCUGAGAGCAAGUUUUGGAUCAAGUUUUUCACAUAUGAAUGCUGUAAUUUGUAGGUAGAAAAAGUUGUAUGUUUUUUUUUUUCACCUUUACUCAAAUUCAUAUGCUGUAAUAACUUUUGUGUAGCUUAUCUUCCAGUGGUAACUGGCAUUGUUUUUGGCUUUUUUCCAGUCGGAUUAUAGAUUUAUAAACAUUUCACCAAAGAAAAUAAAAUGUCAAUUUAUUCUUGUCACAUUAUUGUACUCUGCAGUAGUAGUAAAACAAAUAUAUAUAUAAAAAAACAUGAAAUAGACAAAUUAACUACAGAGCAAGCAUGAAACAAGUCAACACAUCCUGUGUUUUUAUUUUAUUUCAUAAAUUCCUUUUGAUUUUUUUUCCAUUUUACUUUUCAAAUGUGAAUGUUCACAGUCAUCACCACACAAAAUUCAACCUUACCCGAUAAAAGAGAUAUUUUUCUUGUUGAUAUAAAAUAACAAUAAAUUCAUCAAACUAAAUUAAAAGAACAGCAUGGAGCAUGUUGUCAAGUCCCUGUUUUUCUUUUCUUCUUCUUUCAUUUGUUGAAAUAAUUGUCUUUUUUUCUUUUUAAAGAAGCAUCAGUAUCUCUCCCUCCCCGAAGGAAAAGAGGGAUGAAACACAAGGACAGUGGUGCUCUGGGAUCCCAUAUGAAAUGUGUGAUUGGAAAAAAAAAAAUGCUUCCGAUCAAUGAGGAAAAAAAAAAAAAGGUGAAAUAAGAUUGGCAGAGAAAUGGGUGACCCUUAUAAUACCUCAUUUGAAAUCCCAACAUUACAUAGUAUUAAUACAAGUGACAAUUUUUAAAAAUAAUGGAUGUCAUUUCUUCCUUACUGAGUCACUGAAAUAAGAUCAGACACAGGAAAAAUGGAGACAUAUUGAUACAUAUACACAGAAACAGGCAUUUGCACUAUUGCAUACUUGCGCACUCACAAAAUGAGCAUUUCUCAUUCACACGUCGCUGCAAACACACAUUCAAACAAACAUCCCAUUCAUUUCUCCCCCGUCAGACCGCCGCAGACGUCUGAGCUCGCUUUAGUUUUCCCACAAUAAAUCAGGAAGAAAAAAAUAAGCAUUUGAUUUUAAAUGGCAUCAUUGUGUGAUUUUUUUUUUCUUUUUCUUGGUUUUAUUUGUUCCCAAAAAUUGGAAAAAAAUAAAUUACAUUUAACAUUAAAUUAAAUUAAAAGUGAAAUAGUUUGACCACAAUUUGACCACAUUGUGCCUGAAAUGUUAAUGCAGCUUUUUCAGUCCAUAUCUCAAGUCUGGAGUUCAUUUAAAAAAAAAAACAACAUCAUCCUUCAUGCACUGGUUUCAUUUCAGUGAUUCAGUGUUUGUCUUCAUUCUAGCGGGAGGAAAGAGGAAGAGGCAGGUACGACAGUUUCUCUGUUCAGUUUGUUAGUGGCUAUGUCCCCUCUCCCUCCAUCUCGCUCAGUGCAGUAAUAUUAGAAUAGAGUGACACUACUGAAAAAGCCUCCUGCUCUCACAGACUUACCUUCACCUCAAGACAGGACUGAA